AUUUACCACCCGCUGAGCUGCACGUGAAGGCAGCAGAAGAGGGAGGCGUCGGCUCGACAUUCAGCAGCUGCUACAUGAACACAGUGAGCACGCUACCCUGGAGCAAAAAGGUGCAAACAUGUCCGGGAAAAGCUUUCGAGUUAGCGAUGGGGACUGGAUUUGUCCUGAUAAAAAGUGUGGAAACGUGAACUUUGCAAGAAGAACAAGCUGCAACAGAUGUGGCAGAGGUGGAUCAUUUGUUUCCACAGAAAAAACAACAGAGGCUAAAAUGAUGAAAGCAGGAGGAACAGAAAUUGGGAAAACUCUUGCUGAGAAGAGCAGAGGUCUCUUCAGUGCAAACGACUGGCAGUGCAAAACAUGUGGCAAUGUGAAUUGGGCCAGACGAUCUGAGUGCAACAUGUGUAACACUCCAAAAUAUGCUAAGCUCGAAGAACGAACAGGUUAUGGUGGAGGUUUCAAUGAAAGGGAGAAUGUAGAAUAUAUUGAAAGAGAGGAGUCUGAUGGCGAAUAUGAUGAGUUUGGUAGGAAAAAGAAAAAGUAUCGUGGAAAGAGCAGCUCACAGUCUUCUUCAAAAGAAAUUGAAAAGAAAGAACCGCCUAAACCCCAGGAAGAGGAACCAGACGAUGAAGAGGAUGAGGAUGAAGACGGUGAUCUGUCCAAAUACAAAUUAGAUGAUGAGGAGGACGAGGAGGACGAUGGUGACUUGUCAAAGUAUGACCUGGUUGCCAGCGAUGAAGAUGAACAGCCAGCUAAGAAAAAAGGCAGCCGCUCUGGGUCGUCCCGCUCAUCUUCACGCUCCUCCAGUUCCAGCUCUCGGUCGAGGUCCAGGUCUCGCUCUAGAAGCUCUUCAAGUUCCAGAUCUGGAUCUCACUCGAGGUCUCGCUCCAGAUCCAGCUCCAGGUCUGGAAAGGGCUCCUCUCCACGGAAGAGGUCCCGAUCGGCUUCCUCCUCACCCGAGGGGCGACAGAAGCGCAGUCGCUCCAGGUCCUCGUCCGGCGGGAGAAAAAGGAGGCGCUCUCGAUCCCAUUCGUCCGAAAGGCGCAGCGGCCAUUCAUCCGGAUCAUCCCAUUCUGGCUCCAGUUCAAAAAAGAAAUAAGUUUCUUGCAGCCUUUUACAAACCAGAGAAGCAAUCUGGGUGGAAGUGCAUGUUGUGUUGCAAAGACAACAACCGGGUCCCGUCAGAAAUCCUCUAUAAAGUCUUACCACCCUCCAGAAACAGAGGCAACUUCAUUUUUCUCCUCAUCAUUAUUAUUCGCAUUUCUCCCGAUUCAGAUCACACAUCGCAAGUGUUUGUGUCAAUAGGUGUCCAAUAAACAUGUUUGUUUCUUAAAAAGGUGAACUAAAAGAUCAGAUAUAUUGUGUGUACUCUCACAUGUGAUCAAAUAAGAUUUUUUUUAUUAAAAACUAAAACUGCUGAAACAUAAAUUUAGAAUAAGAAUAAGUUUUGACCUUUUUAUAUUGUUUUUUUUUCAAGGUAAGUAUUUUAAAUUUGAAUAAUUUAAUAGCACAAAGUUCUUAAUUUUUCAAGUGUACUUUCUUUCUAAAUUUGUGGCCUAUAUUGACCCCUUAAACUUUUUUGUCACUUGAAAAAAAAAAUUGUUUUUUAGUUGCUGAAGAUUAAGUUGGAGAAAGUUGACACUUACUGUAUGUUGGAGUGUAACAACACGGUCUUUAAGAUCAUCAAAUGUACUCGUGUAAAUAAAUAAACUGUCAGUGUUGCUUCUUGUAACGUC